AUGUUGGAACCAACGAUAGCUAGUGUUCAGCCGAUUAGUCAUCAAGAAGAAGUAACAGUUCAGACAAAUCGUUUGUUACGUUGGUGGAUGAGACAUUAUCAUCAUAUUGGAUUGGCGAGUUUAGCAGGUUCAGCGAUAUUAGUAUGCAUUAUGGCAGUCAUACUAUUGCCAAUUGUUAUUCACAAUUCAACCAAAGAUAGUGAACAAUGCGUGACUUUAAUAACUACAACAAUGACAAUGUCAUCAAUUUUGAUCGAUCCUCUUUGUGCAGCAAAUGCAAUUUGGAAGAGUCAAGCUGUUACUAUUGUUGGAUCGUCUGAUCGUACAAAUUCACUUUCACGAUCUUAUCUUAAAGAUCCGAACGAUAUGUUAAUCGAUACCAAUGGUAACUUAUUCAUAGCUGAUUCAGGCAAUAACCGUGUGGUUUAUUUGCCAGUAAAUGCUACAGAAGGACGUAUUGUUGCUGGUAGAAGCAUUCGGGGAUCUUUAUUUAAAUAUGCAGCUGCUACUGUAGCUUGGAAAGAUCAAUUGUAUGUCUCCGAUCUUGGCAAUUAUCGUAUACUUGCUUUUCCAUUAAGUACAACAGAAGGUUCGCCAGAUGGUACUACCAUUGUGGGUCAUUAUGGUGUUGGAUCAGCCUUGAAUCAAAUUGAUUCUGUAUAUUAUAUGUCAAUAGAUAGAAUGCGUGAAUUAUUUUAUCUGUCUGAUUUUCGAAAUAAUCGUAUAUUGAAAUUGAACUUAACAGACAAUACACUGCAAUUAGCUGUUGGUACUGGAAUAUCUGGUUCAAAUAAUGUUAGCCUUAAUCUUCCAUUAGGUAUUACUAUCGAUGAGACAACUGGUUCACUCUAUGUAACAGACUCUCGAAAUCAUCGAGUACAAAAAUUUAAUUUGAAUUCCAUACAAGGUAUUACAGUAGCAGGUGGUACUGGUCAUGGACAAAAUUUAUUUCAUCUUAAUUUACCUUCGAGUGUCGCAAUCGAUCCACAUGGCAAUGUGUACGUUGCAGAUAGUGGGAAUCAUCGCAUUGUUCAAUGGUUAGUUAAUGCCCACCAAGGACGUAUAAUUGCAGGUACUGGCAUUGCUGGAAUAAGUAAUACUCAACUUAACCAUCCAGUUCAAUUGAAAUUUGAUAUUCACCAUAAUUUGUAUGUUGUUGAUCAAAAUAAUAAUCGAAUUCAACGUUUUGAUUUACAAUAUAAUGGAUGUUAA